UCUGAAUGUACAGUCGCGUCAGGCGUGCCACCGGCACUUAGGUUAGAAUCCCUUUUCACUGAAAAAUACCUGUAACAAAGUGUCUGUAAAUCCCUGAAUUUCGGUAUUUGAGGCGUUAAUUGUCGUCAGGAUGAUCAAGACGGGGGAAGAGGGCCUGAGGCCCUUUCAGCAGACAGUUGAAUUUCACGGAACCGAGGAUCAGCACUCAGUGGAGAUAUACUCAACAGACGUGACAGUGAUUCCCUCCCCAGGCGGUCACGACCACGGCAGCUCCAAGGUGAAACUAAAGAACAUAGUGGACUUCACCUGGGAGCCCCACUUCUACACAGGUCAGCUUCUGGCAGUCCACAUGUCGGGGAAGUACCUGGCGUACGGUAUAAAAUCAGGGAGUGGAGCUGGAGUGGUCAGAGUGGUCUACAAGGACCUGGAGCAGAGGGCCCUCCUCCGAGGAAUGCAGGGAGCGAUCCAGGACCUGGCAUUUGCCCACGCGACCAACGCCAUUCUGGCUUGUGUCGACUAUGUGGGCAGCGUCUUUGUCCACACGAUCGUCUCCUCGGCGACUCAACUCGUCUGCAAUCUCCAGCUGCACAUCGUCGCCGAGGACACGUCACCGACGACCCACAGGGUCAUCUGGUGCCCCUACAUCCCAGAGGACGACACCUCGGAGAGCGACGACGCCUCCAAACUCCUCAUCGUGACUAGGGGGGCAUCCGCUGAGCUCUGGUCUGUCGACAAUGUCUUCACACAACUCGGGUCUGGACCUCUCAAUCUCAGCGAUCCCAAUGUCUCCAACUGUGGGGGCUUCACGGAAAUUUGCAAGCACAAGGGGACUAUUGUGGAAGCCAUUCUCAGCCCUGAUGGCACCGCCAUUGCUACUGCUGGACUCGAUGGGGAAGUCAAAUUCUUUCAGGUGAACCUCAUCGGAAGUACCCUAGAGACCCCGAGUUGCCUGCACAUGUGGCAGCCCCACGAGGGUCGCUCCAUCUCCUCCCUCUACUUCCUGGACGACCACAAGAACUGUCAGGCGGACGCGCAGUUUUGGCGCUUCGCUGUCACCGGUUGCGACAACAACAGUGAACUGAAGAUUUGGUCAUGCGAGAAGUGGGUGUGCCUGCAGACCAUAAAAUUCCAGCCCUCCCCGACCUCGGGGAAGACCCCAGUCCUCAAAGCAGGUCUCGACCUGGCCUCGGGCUUCCUCCUGAUGUCCGACAUAGCGAACAAAGCCCUCUACAUCCUCAGCCUCUCCAAGGACACGACAGACUCAGUGGCAUGUGUAGCCAGUAUAUCCGAGUUCCUCCUGCCCUACUCAAUCCUGAGUUUCGCCAUUGUCGACGCUGGAAUGAGGAAGGUACGACCGACAGGUGAGUCCCUGGAGGACCUCAGUCCCUGCGACGACGAGAGUGAGGAUCAGCUGGUCAUCAGGAUGUACCUGGUGCAGCCAAAGUCCCUGCAGGAGUGUCACAUAGCCUUCCAACCAGCCAAACUCAUCUCCAACGCCUGCCUGAUGGACACACUGACCCACGACUCCCUGGAUUAUGCUGAGGACCUCCAGCACAUUCGUCACGAGCAGAAUGGCAUUGCUGAGGAGAAUGGGGAGGAGUCGGUGACAGCAACAAUUGAAGCCAAUCACUCAGCGAGUCUCAAUCUGAUGACCCCUGACGCCUUCAGCUCACCAGCGAAGAAGGAGAACAUCUCGAGCUCGACGUCACCUGAACUGGGGAAUGUCCUGUCAGCCUCUCCAUCCCUCUCUCAAGCUGUUCAAGCCCUGAACAUACAGGAGGCACCUCUGGCCACCAGUGAGAUUGAACAGGCACCUCCCAGUGGGGGCAGCAGUCCCUCACGAGAGGUCAGGGAGAUCCUCUCUCUUGCUGAGCCCGACGAGGAUGACGAGGAGGAGGAGGAGAUCAAGGAGAUCGAAGACAACAUGAAGAGCGAGGGUAACUGGUCCAACAUUCCCAUGGUUCUGCUGAAGGACGUUCAUCUGAAUCCUCAGGAGGCUGAGGAGGGCAAAAAGAGUGAUGACAAGUCCCUGGAGAUUAUUGCUGCCACUCAGAAUGCGGUGACAGCACUGUCAUCAAAGCUGGAUGGAAUUGUUCAGGUGCUGCAGGACCAGAGGCGAGAGCUCAAUGAGAUUAGGGGGGAGGUGACUACGCUCAGGCAGGACACUCCGGUUUCAGCUAGGGUGGAGUCGGCUCUUGCAAGGGCUACUCAGCAGCAAUUGGCUACUGUCGAGCAGAGCUUGUACUCGAGUUUGGCUAGGCAGAAUGAACUUCUGGGGACUGUCGAGGGGGCUUUGAAGAAGAAUAUUGAGGCCACGCUGCCCAGGGUCGUGGGAGAGGUGGUGGCACCGUUGACCAGUCAGAUGAGGAACGAUGUGACGAGGGUGGAUGAGCUCCUGAAGGAUAAUCUCACGCAGUUGAUUGGUGGUGCCCACAUGAGAGACAUAAUCAGCCUCGCAGUCUGCAGUUCAGCAAAACCAGCACUGGACAAUGCCUUCAAAGAGGCCUUUUCGACUCUCUUAUUACCAGGAAUCGAGAAAGCCUGUCACUCAAUGUUCAGACAGAUCCAGGAUGCCUUUGCCAAAGGUACCAGAGAGUAUCUCCAGCACAUUGAGCAGAUAGUUGAGAAGGCGUGCCAGAGGAGGAACGAACAGCAGAGUGAAGCCCUCUCCAACCUAGUCAGGGAGGAGUUGAGGAACGAGAUGACCAAGGGACUUGGAAAUCUGCAGGAUGGAAUUCUCAGGUCUGUGAAGGAGUCUGUUAGAGAUAAUUUGGGACAGCAGCUGAUCGACAUUCAAGCGAGGUCGAGGGCCACCACUCCUGGCAUCACUGUCAGCAGUCCUGCUGAUGCACAGGCCAGGGUCAUGUCCCUCCUCCAGAGGGGACAGUUGAAUGCUGCUUUCCAGCAGGCUCUCAGUGCCAGUGACCUGGGGCUCGUUGUUUACGUUUGUGAAAAGACUGAACCUGCCAGGGUGUUCCCCGCUUCGGGGGGACCUGGACCAAAUUCUAGAUGCUUACUCCAACAACCUGUGAUACUGUCCUUGGUACAGCAGUUGAGUGCUGAUCUUGGACAUCGUACGGAGCUCAAGCAUAAAUGGCUUGAGGAGGCAAUCCUGAAUCUCGACCCAACAGACCCAGUGACUCGUGAACACAUGGGCACUGUCUUGAUGACCCUCCAGACCCAGCUAGCUUCCUUCGUCACUGCAAAUCCAAAUCAUCGCACAUCGAAGAGUAUGAAGAUGCUGGCGAUGGCAGCACGAGCACUGCUCCUCAACCAGCAUCCAUGAUAAUCAUCAGGUCUUUCUCCCAUUCAUCCAGAGGAUUUAUUUCAGUGGUAAAAGUGCUGAGUGUCGGAGACUUCCCAUAGAGAUUUUUCAAUUUUUUUUUGUUUUCUCUGGAGAAGAUUCUGGAGAUGAUAGACUAGUCUUGAAGGUUCAGGGGAAGAGUUUUGUUAUUUCUGUCUUAUCGAGACGAAUUUCUGAUGUUAAAUGGGAUUUUUUUUUCAUUUUAGGGAUAAUUUAGGAUGAGUUUUUGAUGGAUUUCUUUAUUAAAUUUAUAAGAAGAGGAGAAUCUAGUACUUUCUCGAAGAAAUUCUAUUAGAAAAAUCAAUGGAUUUUUGGUUUUUAUAAUUUAAUGAUUCUGUUCAAAUUACAAAAUCCCAACAAAAUAUAAAACAUUGUAUGAAAAAUUAUAGAAAAAUUGUCAACAAACAUCAACAUCUAUUGAAUUUUUCUAUCAAUUUUCUACAAAAAUCUAUGCAAAAAACAAAUAGUAUUUAAAUUUGAUUGGAAUAAAGUUCAAUAGCAUUCCCUGGAGAAAGUAUUAGGUUGUUCUAUUAAAUUUAAUACUCGAGAUGCCGUUUUUUUUCGCAGAUCUCACUUUGUUCUACAGAAAAUAUUCAUCAAAGGCCGGACUAAUUGUCUCAUCCCAAGCCAUUCAAACUCUUCUCUUCGAACUACUGCGACUUUUUACUCUUUUUUUCCUGAGUAAAAUACUUUCGAUUAUGAAGAAAAGAUGUACAAUCGUGUCAAAUGUUUUUCUAUUUAAUUUUUUCCCCUCGAAAAUCAAAAAGAAAAUCUUUAAUUUGACUCAAAGUAGGAUUUUACUUCUGAUUUCAAUUCACGUUUCGAUAAAAGUGUCCAGAGACUUAUUGACAGAGGUACAGUAAAGAGAGAAAAACGCACGGGAGUGCAAUUCUCAAUUUUCCACAUUUCUGAAAUGUUUUUUUUUGUUCCUCUUUAUUUGAAUAAUUUGUAUCUGAUGUUUUCUGGGCUCGAUUCGUUCUACUGCUGAUAAUGAUUAUUCUCUUUAUUUUUCUCGGUUUUAUUCCUGAUUUUUCGUGAGAAUUUAAUCAAGUGCAACUUUAUUUUCGACUCUGAAUUUGAAGAAUAACACCGAUUCAACUGACUUAUAUUUGUAAUGAGAUACCUAGAUAAACAAAUAUAUAUAUAAACAGUUCUAGAUAUAUUUUUUGUUGUGUAUCAUGGUGACGAGAUGUUGGGCUCAGUCACGAGAGCGAGUGAUUGAGCUGGAUAUUUUUUUCUUUGUAUUGAGUAUAAAUUUUUGAGGGAGGUGGAGUGAAGGAGAUGUAUUAUGAAUAAUAAACCACUUUCUUACACAUUUUGUA